AGACACCAAGGAUGGGAACCACAGCGCCAUGUCCCAUCCUUCUGCUCCUUUCAGUCCUGGCUCUUACCCAGACCGAGACCCAGGCCAGUGCCGGUGAGUGCAGAGUCCACAGGGAAACUACCUCUACCGGGAGGAAGAAGGCAGCUCCUGGGAAGCCGCGUCUCCGCUCCCAGCACGGCUCCCUAGCUGGGCUGCCCUCUCCUCCCCAUGCCCCCCCCCCCCCGCUGCCAUCACGUGUCCCAGGUCCCGUGCCCCACUCCCCUCCAGGCCUGUGCACCUGCCCUCGGAUCCCCGGGGAAGGGUCGGGGGUCUCACAGCACGUCCCCCCCAGGCUCACACUCGCUACUCUAUUAUAUUACCACGACAUCUGGUCCCGGAGUCCGGGAGCCCCGAGUCAUCAUCGUCGGCUACGUGGAUGACACGGAGUUCAUGAGCUUUGACAGCGACACGGAGAGUUCGAGGACUGAGCCCCGAGGGUCAUGGGUAAAGCGAAUGGGUCAGAAGUUUUGGGAAGAGGAGAUAAACCUUGCCAAGAAUUUCGUACUGUGGGGCCGAGAAGACCUGCAGUUGGCAAUGAGCAUCUACAACCACAGUGAUGACGGUUCUCAUACCUUCCAGUGUUUUUUUGGCUGCGAAAUUGGGCCCGACGGGCGGCUCCUCCGAGGGUACCAUGAUCACGGUUAUGAUGGCAAAGACUACCUCACCCUGAACGAGGACAUGAGCUCCUGGACCGCGGGUGACACCUCGGCUCAGAUCGCUGCCCUCAAGUGGAAAGCUGAUGGUGUAGCAGAGUUCUUCAGAGCCUUUCUGGAGGGGAGAGGCAUAGAGACCCUCCUCAGACAUCUGGAGAUAGGGAAGGAGACACUGCAGCGAACAGAUCCCCCAAAGGCACAUGUAACCCAUCAUCUAAGACAUGAAGGAGAUGUCACCCUGAGGUGCUGGGCCCUGGGCUUCUAUCCAGCUGAGAUCACCCUGACCUGGCAACGUGAUGGGGAGGACCAGAUUCAGGACAUGGAGCUUGUGGAGACCAGACCUGCAGGGGAUGGAACCUUCCAGAAGUGGGCGUCUGUGGUAGUACCUUCUGGAGAGGAGCAGAGAUACACAUGCCUUGUGCAUCAUGAGGGGCUGCCUGAGCCCCUGACCCUGAGAUGGGAGCCAUCUCCUCCGCCCAAGAUUGGAAUGAAUAUUGGUGUGGUUCUCCUUGGAGUUGUAGUCACUGGAACUGUGACCGCCAUUGUGAUCAUGAGGAAAAGGUCCUCCGCUGUACACCAGGCUGGCUUUGAACUCACUGUGUAGCUGGGAUGGUUACUCUUCACUGUCAACUUGACUGGAUUUAGAAUCCCCUAGGAGAUACCAUUCUGGACAUGUCUAUGAGAGUGUUUUCAGGGAUGACUAAAUGAGAAGGGAGGACCCACUCUGAGUGGGAGUGGUGCUAUCCCUUGGGCUAGGGCCAAGUCUGAAUAAAAGGAAGAGCAGGAGAAAGCCAGCUGAGAAGAUCUCCAUCCUCUGCUUCCUGAUCCACUGACGAUUGAGGAGACCCAGACACAUGCUCCAGUGCCAUGAACUCCACAGUGCCUUAUGUUGAGAUGGACUGUCCCCUCCUAAAUCGUGAAUCAGAAUAAACCUUUUUAAAGUUG